AUGAUUUUCUUUGAAGAGAGAGAAGUACAUGAAAGAACAGUUAUUGAAGAAGUUGAAGUUCCUGAGAUACACUAUCCAGAGCCUGAGGUGCCAAAGAGACCUGUGCCAGAAGAAAGGAAACCUGUUCCUGUUCCUAAAAAAGUGGAGGCCCCGCCAGCUAAAGUGCCUGAAGUUCCAAAGAAACCUGUCCCAGAAAAGAAAGUACCUGUUCCAAAGAAAGAAGCAGCUCCUCCAGCAGAAGUGCCUGCAGUGCCUAAAAAACCUAUGCCUGAAGAAAAAGUACAAGUUCCUGUUCCCAAAAAAGUGGAACCUCCACCUGCUAAAGUGCCUGAGGUACCGAAGAGGGCUGUCCCAGAGGAAAAAGUUACUAUUCCCAAAAGAGAAGAGGUUCCACCACCUAAAGUGCCCGAGGUGCCUAAAAAAGCUGUUCCUGAAGAAAAAAUACCGACUGUUCCUAAAAUAAAAGAGGCUCCACCUAAAAAAGUACCUGCAGUGCCUAAGAAAGCUGUACCUGAAGAAAAAUUACCUGUUGCUGUUCCUAAAAAAGUUGAGGCUCCUCCAGCUAAAGUGCCUGAGGUACCCAAGAGAGCCGCUGUUGAAGAGAAAAUAUUUAUUACAGAAGAACGAGUAUCUGUUGCAAUUCCAGAGGAGGUCCCAUUACCUGAAGGCACUAUGAUGGGAAGUUUAGGAAAUUAUGGCAUUACAUUGAAAUUACAGUUGAACAAUGUGACUUAUUUGGCAUAUGGGGAAACACUGAAG